UGGUUCAGCUCAACACUUGUGUCGCCGAUUUAUUUUCCCUUCUUGACCUCCAGUGCAACAUGCCUCCUUGACAGUGAUGACUCCAAGCUUCAGACAUCCCUUAUAGAUGCACUGAAUUUAGAACAUAUUUCGACUCGAAAGAGAUGUCGGACGUUUCCUAAUCUGUUCUUCCUGGGCCAGGGACAAGGUUCCAAUGAAAAUCUCCUAAACAAGAAAAGGCAUGCCUAUAAAACAGAACAUGGGCAAAAUUAUAGAAGAACCCUUGAGGACAACAGUCCGGCUAGCACUGAAGAUGGAGUAAAGCACCUUCAUUUGGCAAAGUAUUCAGCCGUGAGUCAGAGAUCUUGGGAUCACAAGACCCCACAGUGCUUAUCUUCAGAGGUUAACUUGAAACAGACAUUCCCAUCAGCGCAUGGUCUCUUUAGUCCACAUUGCAAUCCAACGUGUCCUUCACCUUCCAUCAUGCCAACCCUUCCUGAAGAUGUGGGACAGCCGACCGAGGCACAGCACUCCAUUUUGCCUUCUCCGGUCAAAGAGCCCCCUAUUGAAGCAGCAACAUGCAACACACCUUCUAUAGUUCUUCCAGAGUAUACAAUUACACCGGGAACAGAAAGAGAGCAAAAUCUAGCUUUCAGACCAGUUAGUCCUCAUCCGAGACAUUCUAACAGGAAUGCUAGGACAUCAGCUAGCUCACUGACUUCCGUGGACAGUGCAGGUCAUGUAAUUGACCUGGUUAAUGACCAGCUGCCAGAUGUUACAAUCUCCGAAGAAGAUAAAAAAAAGAACCUUGAAUUGUUAGAAGAAGCAAAGAGGGUGAGUGAGAGGUUCCUCACACGUAGAGGAAGAAAAUCGAGAAGCAGCCUCUCUGAAUCUCCCACAGCCUUAUCGCCUUCACUUAGUCCCAGUAUCUCACCUGUGCCAUCUCGGAGCAACUCUCUGACUCUUCCAAGUCCAACAGGUUCUGAUACAUGUGGAUCCAUUGUUGUUGGUUCAGUGACUCCACUGCAGAACACCACAAAAGGAUUAACCGAUCGAAAGGAGAAUGAUCACGGAAAUGUUUCUCAGGGGAAAGUGGCUCCUCGCACACUUAGUUCAGAAAGCCCAAAGGAGAAGCUAACUGAACAAAAGGAGAACUGUGAUCCUCAUAAACUUAUGGAUAAUCUAUCCCGAUCCUGCACUUCAGGUACUGACACUGGCAGAGUAUCUCUAAAUAGCAGCACAAAUAUUUGUGAAAAUGAACUUGGAAAACUAUUUCCUAAAAAAACAAAAGAAAAUGACUCUCCUUUCAAGGGACACUUGCAAGGCCCAGCCACAGUUACGGUGGACCCAAAGUUAAAGGGCUUCACACCUCUACUGAAGGAUUCCAAAGUCCCACGUAAAACAGAACUUGAUACAUCCGGUUCCCGUCCUCCACUACUGCGAGCUGUGUCAUGGGAUCAUGCAGAACCUGGUAAUAUAGAAAAGGCACCUUUAAAACCACCAUCUGAAGAUGAUAAAAACUUUGCCAUUUGUAAUAAAUCCAGCAACGUAUCAACUAAACCUUCAGCGUUCAAAGACCUCCAGAUACAAGUCCAACCAAUUCGAAUGCAAAAAUUGACAAAACUGAGAGAGGAGCACAUAUUGAUGCGGAAUCAACAUUUAGUUGGACUUAAACUCCCUGACCUCAGUGAAGCUGCUGAACAGGAAAGAGGGUCUUCAACAAUUCCUUUCUUACUGGAGGAGGAGGAAGAGGAGGAAGAAGAGGAGGAAGCAGUGGCAAAGAGUAAAUGUGAUGUCAUGCCCAACAUUCCUGACACUCUUUUACGAAAACUCCGAGUGCACACAUCCCUUCCAGGAAGCUCUCCUCCACUUACUGAAAGAGAAGUUGAGAAUGUAUUUGUGCAACUUUCAUUGGCUUUCAGAAAUGAUAGUUAUACUUUAGAAUCGAGAAUUAACCAAGCCGAGAGGGAGAGAAAUCUUUCUGAGGAGAACACAGAGAAGGAACUGGAUAACUUUAAAGCAGCUAUUACGUCUUCAGCUUCCUUAUGGCAUCACUCUGAACACAGAGACAUGUACCAGAGGUUGUUGGAGGACAUUGCUGUGCUGCAUCGUUUGGCCUCUAGAUUAUCCAGUCGAGCUGAGAUGGUUGGAGCUGUUCGCCAGGAGAAACGCAUGUCAAAGGCCACUGAAGUUAUGAUGCAGUAUGUGGAGAAUUUGAAAAGAACGUAUGAAAAGGAUCAUGCUGAGCUCAUGGAGUAUAAGAAACUUGCCAAUCAGAAUUCUAGCAGGAGCUAUGGCUCCCCUGAAGAUGGUGUGCCCCGUACAUCUAGAUCUAUGUCUCUUUCUAUUGGAAAGAUGCCUAGGAGAAGAGUCAGUGUUGCUGUUGUUUCAAAAUUUGAGCUUCCGGGCCAGUCACCUGGUGCAUCACCCAUACCAUUGAUGCCAUCUUCACUGUCUGAGUCAUCAAAUGGAAGAAGCAAUCUGACAUCAACUCCUGCCUUACCUACGCUUAUAGAGAAUGGGAAAUCAACUGGGGACCCUGAGUGUGAACCUCCUUCUUCAGUGCCAACACUGACUGGCUUGGAAGAGAUCAACCCAGAGACAAAAGCCAAAAUAGAAGAGGAAGCUUACAACAAAGGUUAUCAAGAAGGCUUAAAGAAAACCAAGGAACAUGAAGAGCCGAAAGAAGAUGAUGAAGAGAAAAUGUAUGAAAGCCCCAAUGAACGUGUAGCAGGUGAAAGUGAUUAUGAAAUCAGCAAGCAACACAGCAAACUUGAAGUUAUUAUCCAUUAUGUACAAAUACUGUACCCCAAACUGCAUAAACACUGGAACGUACUUUGGAUUGUAGCAGCCAUUAUCAUCGUAUUUGCUGUGGUGCUAGGAAUCUCUAGUUUAUACAAUUACUUAUCCUCCUGUACUGAGCUAUCAGAUGGGCAACAAGUGAAAGCUACCUGUUCUGCUGUCCAGCAAUACUCCUGGUGGAACUCAGGACUGCAACGUGAUCAGCGCACCAAAUAACAAAAGCAUGAAUAGGGAUAGAAGCCAUUUACAAUACACCAGUACACAGCUGUUUUAAAACAGAAGUGCACAAAGUAAAAUAGCACUUUGUCACUUCCAUGGUGGUCAAAUGUCAUCAGUAUCCCACUACUUAGUUUCUUCUGUGCCAUCAGACUUGUGAUUGCAGUGUGAUUUUUAACUAGCCAGAUACACCAGCCAAUAAAUGCUAUUCUCUCUUUUA